AUGCGCGCGCGCGUGCAGGUAGAGUGCCACCGUGGCACUGUAGUCCACUGUGCGCCUCUGCAUGCCCCUGCGCUGCAUCCUGCGCGCUGCAUCCUGCGCGCUGCAUCCUGCGCGCUGCAUCCUGCGCGCUGCAUCCUGCGCGCUGCAUCCUGCGCGCUGCAUCCUGCGCGCUGCAUCCUGCGCGCUGCAUCCUGCGCGCUGCAUCCUGCGCGCUGCAUCCUGCGCGCUGCAUCCUGCGCGCGGCAUCCUGCGCGCUGCAUCCUGCGCGCUGCAUCCUGCGCGCUGCAUCCUGCGCGCUGCAUCCCUGCGCGCUGCAUCCUGCGCGCUGCAUCCUGCGCGCUGCAUCCUGCGCGCUGCAUCCUGCGCGCUGCAUCCUGCGCGCUGCAUCCUGCGCGCUGCAUCCUGCGCGCUGCAUCCUGCGCGCUGCAUCCUGCGCGCUGCAUUCCUGCGCGCUGCAUCCUGCGCGCUGCAUCCUGCGCGCUGCAUCCUGCGCGCUGCAUCCUGCGCGCUGCAUCCUGCGCGCCUGCAUCCUGCGCGCUGCAUCCUGCGCGCUGCAUCCUGCGCGCUGCAUCCUGCGCGCUGCAUCCUGCGCGCUGCAUCCUGCGCGCUGCAUCCUGCGCGCUGCAUCCUGCGCGCUGCAUCCUGCGCGCUGCAUCCUGCGCGCUGCAUCCUGCGCGCUGCAUCCUGCGCGCUGCAUCCUGCGCGCUGCAUCCUGCGCGCUGCAUCCUGCGCGCUGCAUCCUGCGCGCUGCAUCCUGCGCGCUGCAUCCUGCGCGCUGCAUCCUGCGCGCUGCAUCCUGCGCGCUGCAUCCUGCGCGCUGCAUCCUGCGCGCUGCAUCCUGCGCGCUGCAUCCUGCGCGCUGCAUCCUGCGCGCUGCAUCCUGCGCGCUGCAUCCUGCGCGCUGCAUCCUGCGCGCUGCAUCCUGCGCGCUGCAUCCUGCGCGCUGCAUCCUGCGCGCUGCAUCCUGCGCGCUGCAUCCUGCGCGCUGCAUCCUGCGCGCUGCAUCCUGCGCGCUGCAUCCUGCGCGCUGCAUCCUGCGCGCUGCAUCCUGCGCGCUGCAUCCUGCGCGCUGCAUCCUGCGCGCUGCAUCCUGCGCGCUGCAUCCUGCGCGCUGCAUCCUGCGCGCUGCAUCCUGCGCGCUGCAUCCUGCGCGCUGCAUCCUGCGCGCUGCAUCCUGCGCGCUGCAUCCUGCGCGCUGCAUCCUGCGCGCUGCAUCCUGCGCGCUGCAUCCUGCGCGCUGCAUCCUGCGCGCUGCAUCCUGCGCGCUGCAUCCUGCGCGCUGCAUCCUGCGCGCUGCAUCCUGCGCGCUGCAUCCUGCGCGCUGCAUCCUGCGCGCUGCAUCCUGCGCGCUGCAUCCUGCGCGCUGCAUCCUGCGCGCUGCAUCCUGCGCGCUGCAUCCUGCGCGCUGCAUCCUGCGCGCUGCAUCCUGCGCGCUGCAUCCUGCGCGCUGCAUCCUGCGCGCUGCAUCCUGCGCGCUGCAUCCUGCGCGCUGCAUCCUGCGCGCUGCAUCCUGCGCGCUGCAUCCUGCGCGCUGCAUCCUGCGCGCUGCAUCCUGCGCGCUGCAUCCUGCGCGCUGCAUCCUGCGCGCUGCAUCCUGCGCGCUGCAUCCUGCGCGCUGCAUCCUGCGCGCUGCAUCCUGCGCGGCAUCCUGCGCGCUGCAUCCUGCGCGCUGCAUCCUGCGCGCUGCAUCCUGCGCGCUGCAUCCUGCGCGCUGCAUCCUGCGCGCUGCAUCCUGCGCGCUGCAUCCUGCGCGCUGCAUCCUGCGCGCUGCAUCCUGCGCGCUGCAUCCUGCGCGCUGCAUCCUGCGCGCUGCAUCCUGCGCGCUGCAUCCUGCGCGCUGCAUCCUGCGCGCUGCAUCCUGCGCGCUGCAUCCUGCGCGCUGCAUCCUGCGCGCUGCAUCCUGCGCGCUGCAUCCUGCGCGCUGCAUCCUGCGCGCUGCAUCCUGCGCGCUGCAUCCUGCGCGCUGCAUCCUGCGCGCUGCAUCCUGGCGCGCUGCAUCCUGCGCGCUGCAUCCUGCGCGCUGCAUCCUGCGCGCUGCAUCCUGCGCGCUGCAUCCUGCGCGCUGCAUCCUGCGCGCUGCAUCCUGCGCGCUGCAUCCUGCGCGCUGCAUCCUGCGCGCUGCAUCCUGCGCGCUGCAUCCUGCGCGCUGCAUCCUGCGCGCUGCAUCCUGCGCGCUGCAUCCUGCGCGCUGCAUCCUGCGCGCUGCAUCCUGCGCGCUGCAUCCUGCGCGCUGCAUCCUGCGCGCUGCAUCCUGCGCGCUGCAUCCUGCGCGCUGCAUCCUGCGCGCUGCAUCCUGCGCGCUGCAUCCUGCGCGCUGCAUCCUGCGCGCAUGCAUCCUGCGCGCUGCAUCCUGCGCGCUGCAUCCUGCGCGCUGCAUCCUGCGCGCUGCAUCCUGCGCGCUGCAUCCUGCGCGCUGCAUCCUGCGCGCUGCAUCCUGCGCGCUGCAUCCUGCGCGCUGCAUCCUGCGCGCUGCAUCCUGCGCGCUGCAUCCUGCGCGCUGCAUCCUGCGCGCUGCAUCCUGCGCGCUGCAUCCUGCGCGCUGCAUCCUGCGCGCUGCAUCCUGCGCGCUGCAUCCUGCGCGCUGCAUCCUGCGCGCUGCAUCCUGCGCGCUGCAUCCUGCGCGCUGCAUCCUGCGCGCUGCAUCCUGCGCGCUGCAUCCUGCGCGCUGCAUCCUGCGCGCUGCAUCCUGCGCGCUGCAUCCUGCGCGCUGCAUCCUGCGCGCUGCAUCCUGCGCGCUGCAUCCUGCGCGCUGCAUCCUGCGCGCUGCAUCCUGCGCGCUGCAUCCUGCGCGCUGCAUCCUGCGCGCAUGCAUCCUGCGCGCUGCAUCCUGCGCGCUGCAUCCUGCGCGCUGCAUCCUGCGCGCUGCAUCCUGCGCGCUGCAUCCUGCGCGCUGCAUCCUGCGCGCUGCAUCCUGCGCGCCUGCAUCCUGCGCGCUGCAUCCUGCGCGCUGCAUCCUGCGCGCUGCAUCCUGCGCGCUGCAUCCUGCGCGCUGCAUCCUGCGCGCUGCAUCCUGCGCGCUGCAUCCUGCGCGCUGCAUCCUGCGCGCUGCAUCCUGCGCGCUGCAUCCUGCGCGCUGCAUCCUGCGCGCUGCAUCCUGCGCGCUGCAUCCUGCGCGCUGCAUCCUGCGCGCUGCAUCCUGCGCGCUGCAUCCUGCGCGCUGCAUCCUGCGCGCUGCAUCCUGCGCGCUGCAUCCUGCGCGCUGCAUCCUGCGCGCUGCAUCCUGCGCGCUGCAUCCUGCGCGCUGCAUCCUGCGCGCUGCAUCCUGCGCGCUGCAUCCUGCGCGCUGCAUCCUGCGCGCUGCAUCCUGCGCGCUGCAUCCUGCGCGCUGCAUCCUGCGCGCUGCAUCCUGCGCGCUGCAUCCUGCGCGCUGCAUCCUGCGCGCUGCAUCCUGCGCGCUGCAUCCUGCGCGCUGCAUCCUGCGCGCUGCAUCCUGCGCGCUGCAUCCUGCGCGCUGCAUCCUGCGCGCUGCAUCCUGCGCGCUGCAUCCUGCGGCUGCAUCCUGCGCGCUGCAUCCUGCGCGCUGCAUCCUGCGCGCUGCAUCCUGCGCGCUGCAUCCUGCGCGCUGCAUCCUGCGCGCUGCAUCCUGCGCGCUGCAUCCUGCGCGCUGCAUCCUGCGCGCUGCAUCCUGCGCGCGCUGCAUCCUGCGCGCUGGCAUCCUGCGCGCUGCAUCCUGCGCGCUGCAUCCUGCGCGCUGGCAUCCUGCGCGCUGCAUCCUGCGCGCUGCAAUCCUGCGCGCUGCAUCCUGCGCGCUGGCAUCCUGCGCGCUGCAGCCUGCGCGCUGCAUCCUGCGCGCUGCAUCCUGCGCGCUGCAUCCUGCGCGCUGCAUCCUGCGCGGCUGCAAUCCUGCGCGCUGCAUCCUGCGCGCUGCAUCCUGCGCGCUGCAUCCUGCGCGCUGCAUCCUGCGCGCUGCAUCCUGCGCGCUGCAAUCCUGCGCGCUGCAUCCUGCGCGCUGCAUCCUGCGCGCUGCAUCCUGCGCGCUGCAUCCUGCGCGCUGCAAUCCUGCGCGCUGCAUCCUGCGCGCUGCAUCCUGCGCGCUGCAUCCUGCGCGCUGCAUCCUGCGCGCUGCAUCCUGCGCGCUGCAUCCUGCGCGCUGCAUCCUGCGCGCUGCAUCCUGCGCGCUGCAUCCUCGCGCUGCAUCCUGCGCGCUGCCAUCCUGCGCGCUGCAUCCUGCGCGCUGCAUCCUGCGCGCUGCAUCCUGCGCGCUGCAUCCUGCGCGCUGCAUCCUGCGCGCUGCAUCCUGCGCGCUGCAUCCUGCGCGCUGCAUCCUGCGCGCUGCAUCCUGCGCGCUGCAUCCUGCGCGCUGCAUCCUGCGCGCUGCAUCCUGCGCGCUGCAUCCUGCGCGCUGCAUCCUGCGCGCUGCAUCCCUGCGCGCUGCAUCCUGCGCGCUGCAUCCUGCGCGCUGCAUCCUGCGCGCUGCAUCCUGCGCGCUGCAUCCUGCGCGCUGCAUCCUGCGCGCUGCAUCCUGCGCGCUGCAUCCUGCGCGCUGCAUCCUGCGCGCUGCAUCCUGCGCGCUGCAUCCUGCGCGCUGCAUCCUGCGCGCUGCAUCCUGCGCGCUGCAUCCUGCGCGCUGCAUCCUGCGCGCUGCAUCCUGCGCGCUGCAUCCUGCGCGCUGCAUCCUGCGCGCUGCAUCCUGCGCGCUGCAUCCUGCGCGCUGCAUCCUGCGCGCUGCAUCCUGCGCGCUGCAUCCUGCGCGCUGCAUCCUGCGCGCUGCAUCCUGCGCGCUGCAUCCUGCGCGCUGCAUCCUGCGCGCUGCAUCCUGCGCGCUGCAUCCUGCGCGCUGCAUCCUGCGCGCUGCAUCCUGCGCGCUGCAUCCUGCGCGCUGCAUCCUGCGCGCUGCAUCCUGCGCGCUGCAUCCUGCGCGCUGCAUCCUGCGCGCUGCAUCCUGCGCGCUGCAUCCUGCGCGCUGCAUCCUGCGCGCUGCAUCCUGCGCGCUGCAUCCUGCGCGCUGCAUCCUGCGCGCUGCAUCCUGCGCGCUGCAUCCUGCGCGCUGCAUCCUGCGCGCUGCAUCCUGCGCGCUGCAUCCUGCGCGCUGCAUCCUGCGCGCUGCAUCCUGCGCGCUGCAUCCUGCGCGCUGCAUCCUGCGCGCUGCAUCCUGCGCGCUGCAUCCUGCGCGCUGCAUCCUGCGCGCUGCAUCCUGCGCGCUGCAUCCUGCGCGCUGCAUCCUGCGCGCUGCAUCCUGCGCGCUGCAUCCUGCGCGCUGCAUCCUGCGCGCUGCAUCCUGCGCGCUGCAUCCUGCGCGCUGCAUCCUGCGCGCUGCAUCCUGCGCGCUGCAUCCUGCGCGCUGCAUCCUGCGCGCUGCAUCCUGCGCGCUGCAUCCUGCGCGCUGCAUCCUGCGCGCUGCAUCCUGCGCGCUGCAUCCUGCGCGCUGCAUCCUGCGCGCUGCAUCCUGCGCGCUGCAUCCUGCGCGCUGCAUCCUGCGCGCUGCAUCCUGCGCGCUGCAUCCUGCGCGCUGCAUCCUGCGCGCUGCAUCCUGCGCGCUGCAUCCUGCGCGCUGCAUCCUGCGCGCUGCAUCCUGCGCGCUGCAUCCUGCGCGCUGCAUCCUGCGCGCUGCAUCCUGCGCGCUGCAUCCUGCGCGCUGCAUCCUGCGCGCUGCAUCCUGCGCGCUGCAUCCUGCGCGCUGCAUCCUGCGCGCUGCAUCCUGCGCGCUGCAUCCUGCGCGCUGCAUCCUGCGCGCUGCAUCCUGCGCGCUGCAUCCUGCGCGCUGCAUCCUGCGCGCUGCAUCCUGCGCGCUGCAUCCUGCGCGCUGCAUCCUGCGCGCUGCAUCCUGCGCGCUGCAUCCUGCGCGCUGCAUCCUGCGCGCUGCAUCCUGCGCGCUGCAUCCUGCGCGCUGCAUCCUGCGCGCUGCAUCCUGCGCGCUGCAUCCUGCGCGCUGCAUCCUGCGCGCUGCAUCCUGCGCGCUGCAUCCUGCGCGCUGCAUCCUGCGCGCUGCAUCCUGCGCGCUGCAUCCUGCGCGCUGCAUCCUGCGCGCUGCAUCCUGCGCGCUGCAUCCUGCGCGCUGCAUCCUGCGCGCUGCAUCCUGCGCGCUGCAUCCUGCGCGCUGCAUCCUGCGCGCUGCAUCCUGCGCGCUGCAUCCUGCGCGCUGCAUCCUGCGCGCUGCAUCCUGCGCGCUGCAUCCUGCGCGCUGCAUCCUGCGCGCUGCAUCCUGCGCGCUGCAUCCUGCGCGCUGCAUCCUGCGCGCUGCAUCCUGCGCGCUGCAUCCUGCGCGCUGCAUCCUGCGCGCUGCAUCCUGCGCGCUGCAUCCUGCGCGCUGCAUCCUGCGCGCUGCAUCCUGCGCGCUGCAUCCUGCGCGCUGCAUCCUGCGCGCUGCAUCCUGCGCGCUGCAUCCUGCGCGCUGCAUCCUGCGCGCUGCAUCCUGCGCGCUGCAUCCUGCGCGCUGCAUCCUGCGCGCUGCAUCCUGCGCGCUGCAUCCUGCGCGCUGCAUCCUGCGCGCUGCAUCCUGCGCGCUGCAUCCUGCGCGCUGCAUCCUGCGCGCUGCAUCCUGCGCGCUGCAUCCUGCGCGCUGCAUCCUGCGCGCUGCAUCCUGCGCGCUGCAUCCUGCGCGCUGCAUCCUGCGCGCUGCAUCCUGCGCGCUGCAUCCUGCGCGCUGCAUCCUGCGCGCUGCAUCCUGCGCGCUGCAUCCUGCGCGCUGCAUCCUGCGCGCUGCAUCCUGCGCGCUGCAUCCUGCGCGCUGCAUCCUGCGCGCUGCAUCCUGCGCGCUGCAUCCUGCGCGCUGCAUCCUGCGCGCUGCAUCCUGCGCGCUGCAUCCUGCGCGCUGCAUCCUGCGCGCUGCAUCCUGCGCGCUGCAUCCUGCGCGCUGCAUCCUGCGCGCUGCAUCCUGCGCGCUGCAUCCUGCGCGCUGCAUCCUGCGCGCUGCAUCCUGCGCGCUGCAUCCUGCGCGCUGCAUCCUGCGCGCUGCAUCCUGCGCGCUGCAUCCUGCGCGCUGCAUCCUGGCGCGCUGCAUCCUGCGCGCUGCAUCCUGCGCGCUGCAUCCUGCGCGCUGCAUCCUGCGCGCUGCAUCCUGCGCGCUGCAUCCUGCGCGCUGCAUCCUGCGCGCUGCAUCCUGCGCGCUGCAUCCUGCGCGCUGCAUCCUGCGCGCUGCAUCCUGCGCGCUGCAUCCUGCGCGCUGCAUCCUGCGCGCUGCAUCCUGCGCGCUGCAUCCUGCGCGCUGCAUCCUGCGCGCUGCAUCCUGCGCGCUGCAUCCUGCGCGCUGCAUCCUGCGCGCUGCAUCCUGCGCGCUGCAUCCUGCGCGCUGCAUCCUGCGCGCUGCAUCCUGCGCGCUGCAUCCUGCGCGCUGCAUCCUGCGCGCUGCAUCCUGCGCGCUGCAUCCUGCGCGCUGCAUCCUGCGCGCUGCAUCCUGCGCGCUGCAUCCUGCGCGCUGCAUCCUGCGCGCUGCAUCCUGCGCGCUGCAUCCUGCGCGCUGCAUCCUGCGCGCUGCAUCCUGCGCGCUGCAUCCUGCGCGCUGCAUCCUGCGCGCUGCAUCCUGCGCGCUGCAUCCUGCGCGCUGCAUCCUGCGCGCUGCAUCCUGCGCGCUGCAUCCUGCGCGCUGCAUCCUGCGCGCUGCAUCCUGCGCGCUGCAUCCUGCGCGCUGCAUCCUGCGCGCUGCAUCCUGCGCGCUGCAUCCUGCGCGCUGCAUCCUGCGCGCUGCAUCCUGCGCGCUGCAUCCUGCGCGCUGCAUCCUGCGCUGCAUCCUGCGCGCUGCAUCCUGCGCGCUGCAUCCUGCGCGCUGCAUCCUGCGCGCUGCAUCCUGCGCGCUGCAUCCUGCGCGCUGCAUCCUGCGCGCUGCAUCCUGCGCGCUGCAUCCUGCGCGCUGCAUCCUGCGCGGCAUCCUGCGCGCUGCAUCCUGCGCGCUGCAUCCUGCGCGCUGCAUCCUGCGCGCUGCAUCCUGCGCGCUGCAUCCUGCGCGCUGCAUCCUGCGCGCUGCAUCCUGCGCGCUGCAUCCUGCGCGCUGCAUCCUGCGCGCUGCAUCCUGCGCGCUGCAUCCUGCGCGCUGCAUCCUGCGCGCUGCAUCCUGCGCGCUGCAUCCUGCGCGCUGCAUCCUGCGCGCUGCAUCCUGCGCGCUGCAUCCUGCGCGCUGCAUCCUGCGCGCUGCAUCCUGCGCGCUGCAUCCUGCGCGCUGCAUCCUGCGCGCUGCAUCCUGCGCGCUGCAUCCUGCGCGCUGCAUCCUGCGCGCUGCAUCCUGCGCGCUGCAUCCUGCGCGCUGCAUCCUGCGCGCUGCAUCCUGCGCGCUGCAUCCUGCGCGCUGCAUCCUGCGCGCUGCAUCCUGCGCGCGGCAUGGGCGUGGGUGCGGGGAGGAGAAGGAAGGGGUGCAUGGGCGUGCAGGUAGAGCGCGACGGUGGCGCUGUAGUCCACCCUUCGCCUCUGCUGGAGGGGGAAAGGAGGGGGAGCAAGGUUCGGGGAACGAGGGGGAAAUUGGAGCAGAGUGGGGAGGAAGGGGAGGAGGGGGGGGGGACUGGAAGCACCAGCGCACGUACCAUCAAAGAACCCGCCUCUCCCACCGAAAUCUCCGCCGCGCCCGCCGCCAUAAUCUCCCCUUCCGCCAUACUCCCCCCUUCCCCCAUACUCCCCGCGCCCCCCAAACCCUGCGCCAGGGUGGAACCCGCCUUCAAAUCCCCCUCCGCGCCCAAACCCCUGCCCCGGUCCCCCUCGUCCCCCCGGCCCCCCCGGUCCGCCUGGGCCGGGGAUACCGCGUCCGGGGCCAUGCCCGGGUCCCCCGGGUCCCGACCAUCUGCCGAUUCCCGAGACGGAGGAGCUGCUGCUGCACCCGCCAGGCGCGCGCGGGGAUCGCGCGGGCAUUAUAGCGAGAUUAGCGAGGAGGAUUAUAGCGAGGAUGAGGACAACGAUGGGGAUAGCCUCCUGGAUCCGUCAGGGAAGCGAGGGAAGCGACGUCGACCGUUCGAUUUGGAUUUAGAUCGACCGCUGGGGUCUAGUUCGCUUCCUUACCCCCUCUCUCUCCUCUCCUCGUAUUCGUCCUCCUCGCUCGCGUCUCUCUGCUCAGAUGCGAUUUGGCUCAGAUGGCCUGUAAUCGCAGCCGUUGCAGUAAUCAUCCUCGUUAUAAUCUUCCUCACUUCCCCUGCAGCAGUGUCCCCCACCACAACUACACCCCCAUCGGACGGCUCAGAUUCACUCUAUCCGUCUGAUCUGGACGGCACAGGGACCGGUUUAUCGCGAGAACCUAGAGGUUACCGACCGUUACCUGUCGACUCGUUUAAAGGCGUAGACGCGUCCACUCUAGAUCCGUCAACGUUACCGUCAGGCGGACGGGGCGCGGGGGGAGGUGACUGGGGAUCCGGCGCUGGCGGAAACUGGGGUGGCGGAAAACCGGGGGAAGACCCGCAGGAGGGGCUGUAUCCGGACGCGAAGCCGGGGCGCGGGGGGGGGAGAUGGGGGAAAGCGGGCGCGGGGGCAGGCGCGGGCGGCGGGGGACAUUUGGGGGAAGAGGCGGCGGAAGUGGAAGAUUAUAGGGACUCCGCGGGGGUGGGGCGGGAGGGGGAGGUGGUGGGGGAGGAUGCCAAACGGAAGAGGAGCCGAUUGGAUGACGAGGUGGUGACGUGGCGCGGCGCGCCAUGGAGAUUCGACGUCGGUGAUUGGCUGAGCAGCUGCAAUGGGGAGUCGGGGGUGAUCAAGACCGUAGAGGUGGGUGCGGGGGGUGGGGGGGAGCAAGGGGGGGGGAGGAUUUGGGAGGGGAGAGCGGGGGAGGAGACUAGGGGGGAAAGUGGAUUCGGGUGUGUGGGAAGCCAGAGAAGAGGGAUGAUUGGAGGGGGUCGGGGUGAGGGGGGCUUGGAAGGUGGGGAGCUAUGGGAGGAGUGGGAUUGUGGGGAGUUGGUUGAGGGAUG